UCCUCUACGAUUCGUCCUCUCACGUUGGCCUUGCUGAGUGAUCAUGGAGUUCCUAGAGAACGCAAUGAGAGUUUUUAGUGAAGGGUACAUCCAAACGAUCGAUUUAAAGCGGGAGCGAGGCCUCAUAGGCAUAGCGCCGUCAGGAGAAAAGAUCCUACCGAGCUCUAUUCGAUUUCCUCUGAGAGAGCUCCGUGUUCCAGCAGAAGAUUUAGAAUAUGUCGAACCAGACACUAAGGUGCGCUUCAAAGUGUGCUACGGUAAGAAGUCGGGAUACCAAGCAUGUGAGGUCACUCCAAUCGCACAAAAUCUGCGGUACGCUCAAAUUUACGGCGUGGCGGAGGAUUACUGUAGGGUAUUGAUUGAGGAUUGCCAGAGCUUGGCGAAUGUCGACCUACAGACUCUUAAAUGCGUAGUUCCCCACCAUUUGAGUCUGCGCAUGGGAGAACAUUGUAUUGUCGCCGUGCCCUGGAAAGAACCUUCGAAAGCCAAUAAGGAGAAGAGGCUGCCAAGCGUUCAUCUCUUGGAGCUCCAUAAUUCGAAGAGCGAAGCAGAAGCGUCUCUCAAGCGGAGGAACGAAUCGAAUCCCAGAGCCACCUCACCGACCGUAUUUUAUCCAAAUGAAGUGCUCGAGGCGGAUUCUCCCACAGCCGGAUCGUCCGCGCUUCCAGAUAUUACGGCAGUGGGCGAAAGCGAGACGAAAGAUCUCAGAAAUUCGCACGCUUCGCCUCACGCUGGCGGGGGAAUCAUGCCUCCGUCGAGAGACGAAAUUGAAGUUGCUUAUUGGACUGGGGUCAGAGAUGGAGUUCGCCGAUAUCAGCGAAUGAUGACGCCAUACCUCAAUGCACCGCUCCCCUUUUUAAGAUAUGAACCAAUGAAGCAAGUUCCACCGGGUCAUGUGUCCCAUCACGCCUAG